AACUUUGAAAGCAGUAAGGGAAAUGUUAAACUGAGUGGCUUUCUGACUGCAGCAUUUGCUAUUUAAUACCAGCAUGCAGUAAAAAAUGUUGCCUGGCAGAGCAAAAGACUUAUUGAUGCCUGCAUAACCACAGCUACAAAGUUAAAGUGCCCUUGCUGCUGUGAUCCAAAAUCAAACAAGAUAGAAGAGGAGAUUUUUUUCACAAGGAGGUUUCCUAGCCUCUUUCCAGAGAAGAAAAGAUGUUUGAUACUCUUGAACUCAUCUGCAUGAUUUGGUGGUAUAUGAUGCUAUUUCAUUCCUUGCAUGCUGACAUCCACUGUAUGGGGCCAGAGGCACAAGAAUCACCUAUCACAAACGUGAAAAUGGACUGGAGUAAAAUGGAACUGUCCUGGGAAAGCAGCAAGAAUUUCUCUAAGUACAAAUGUACCAUCAGGAACAGGGAUAUGGAAGGUACACCACCAGAGGUGAACAGUACAAAAUGCAGGUUUCCAGUGGAACUAUACAUGCCUCUGCAUGAAGGAGUAUUUUUAAUCAUUGAAGUACCAAACACAAAUAUCUCAAAACACUGCACCUUUAGCCCUGGAGGCAUAAAUGGGUCAGCCAUUGAAAACUUCUCCUGUGUGAUUUAUAAUGUUUCCCUCAUGAACUGCACGUGGCAGGCAGGCAGGGAUGCUCCAGAAGACACUCAGUACUUCCUCUACUGGCAGAACUCGAGGUAUGAUGAUGCAAUGGAAUGUGAGCUUUACAUUAGAGAUGAAAAUGGCAGAAACACGGGAUGUAGAUUCCAAAAUGUGAGGAUAGAUGUUAAUAAAGCUUAUUUCCUGGUGAACGGGUCUAGCAAGGACUCCCUGAUCCAGUUCUAUGAUGAGUACAUCCGACUAUAUAAAAUCGAAAUACUCACUCCUCCAUUAAACGUCACUGCCAAUUGUACUACAGAUUCAGUGGGCUGCAUAAUUACAUGGCAACCACCCCUUACAAGUCAUGUGGAAAAUGUAAAGUGUUUUCAGUAUGAAAUUCACAUACAAACUAAGGAUGAGCCCAAAGAAGAGGAAAAGGAUCCUCCUGUAAGAGUAAGGAGCAACAGAUACGAAUUUCAAAAUUACAAUGAGAAAAAAAAAUACAUUCUGAAAAUGAGAGCACGUGGAAAAAGUUGUCUCAUAAGCUCAAACUGGGGGGAAUGGACUGAACCCAUCGAGUUUGGUCAAGGGAAAGAUUACUUUAUUUUUGUGGUUUUAUUUCUGAUAGCACUUGGAACAAUCUCAGUGACACUGCUCCAGUAUUGUCUUUUCAAAAGGUACUGCAGUUUCAAGAGCAUAUUUCCUCCCAUACCACAACCAAGAGACAAAUUUAACAUAUCAACUGAUGAAAAUAGCCAGACAGAGUAUGCAAGUCCACAAAACAAACAGUUGUACCGAGGGGUAGUAACUGUGGUUGAAGAGUUGAUCUAACUUUCCAAAAAGAAAACGCACUUGGAUUUCCACAUUGAAUGAAAAUAAUGGAUCCUUCUGACAAGAGGACUUUGAACCAGAAUAGAAAUGAAUAUAAUUACCUCUAAAACGAUUUGUCCCAUAAUAAUCCACCUCGAAUAGAGCAGGGGAAAAAAGUGGAGAAAAAUCAUUAAAAUUUGUUCUUUUCCCUUUGUUUAAAAACAAAAUGCCUAGGAGGUAAGCUUUUCUGUGAAUGCCUGCUACGAAGACCUGCUUAAACCUUACUGACGUUUCCUUCAU